AUGUUUACCUCCAUAUUUUACAGACAGCCAAGACUUCCAUUCAGCAAACUGAAUCUUAUUCAUCAAGGUCCUCCAAAACGAUUUCGUCUAGACACAGAGAGAAAAGUGCUUGAUGAAAAUGGGAAAGUCAGAAAAUGGACUUAUGGGAAAAAAGAUGCUAGUAAACAAAACAAAAUUGUUCUGCUGGUGGGAGAGACUGGAGUUGGUAAGACGACUCUCAUCAACACCAUGGUCAACUAUUUACUGGAUGUGAAGUUUGAGGAUGAAAUAUGGUAUGAAAUCACAGAAGAAGAAGCCAGAGAUCAGUCAGAAUCACAAACCUCUGAAAUCACCAUGUAUGAAGUCUUUCCUGUAAAGAGUCCCAUAUCACUCACCAUCAUUGAUACUCCAGGCUACGGAGACACUAGAGGACUGGAUAAAGAUCUGGAAGUUGCUGAGAAUUUAGCCACUCUGUUUCAGUGCAAUGAUGGCGUUCGUGAAGUCGAUGCUGUGUGUUUUGUGAUUGAAGCAUCUAAGAAUCGUCUCUCAGACAGACAGCAUUACAUUAUAAGUUCAAUUCUGUCUUUGUUUGGAAAAGACAUUGUGGACAACAUUGUGUUUUUAAUCACACACUCUGAUGGUCUGCCUCCCAAAAAUGUCCUCGGCGCCAUUAAAAAAGCUAAAAUCCCCUGCAGACGAGACAAAAGCGGCCAACCUGUUAAUUUCUUAUUUAACAACCGGCAGGCUGAUGCACUUCACAACGAGGGACGCUACAUUCGUGCUCAAAGAGAUGCCUGGGAAGACAGCAUGGAACAGAUGAAGCAAUUCCUUGAGUCUCUGGAUGAAAAGAACAGAAGAAGUUUAGAGUUGACUUCAAAUGUCCUGAUUGAACGCAUUCGAUUUGAAGCAUCCAUCAGCAACUUACAGCUGCGAAUUCAAGAGAAAGAAUCAAAGAAGUCUGAAAAAAUUCAGAUUCAGGAGGCAAUGAGACAAAACAAGGAAAAGAUUGACAGGCGUACAAACUUUAGCAUUAGAGUCAAAAAGACAGUCAAACAGAAGGUUCCCAUUGAAAGCAAGUCAUGGAAGAACAGGAAAGCGACGACCUGCACCGUUUGUGAGGAAAACUGCCAUGAGUUUGAUUGCUGGUGGGCUUCUGGUCCCAGCAAAUGUGAAGUCAUGAAAAACGGCUUCUGUACUGUGUGCACAAGGAAGUGCCACCACAGCAAACAUGUCAAAGAAAACAAGAAAUACAUCAUCAGCACCUCAAGCAUGAUGAUGGAGUUUGAUGAUUUUAAAAAGGAAUAUGAAAAAGCUCAACAACAAACUAAGAGGUUUUCGGUUAUAAUGGAUCAUCUUGACAAAGAUCUGCAGGAGAUUGAGGACCAAAAGUUAGUUCUUCUGUUCAAUGCUUACAAGAACAUCAAGAAUCUGUCUCAGAUUGCAUUAAAACCAGACUCUGCCUUCACUCUUCAGCAUCUCGACUUCUUCAUCCCUAGAGUGAGGGAGGCUAGGAAGGAAGAAUGGGUUAGAGAGCUGGAGGAACUAAGGAGAAUAGCUGAAGCUGAAGAAGCAAACAAAGAUUCUCUGAGUUAUCUUAAAGCUGGUCUGGCAAAACUGAAUCUGGAAAGUUUCUUUGGUGGGCAAUGA